AUGCACCCCCGCGACGGAAUCACCCCCAUCGAAAUCGAGAAGAUGCGAAACGACUUCGUCAGAUGCAUCAUCAAAGAUGAGGAGUACAAAAAAAAAGACGAGAAAAAAAAAGAAAUCGUAAAGUACUGCAAAAGCUACAAAGAUUUCUGCAACAUCGUAAGCUCAGUAAAUAUGAAACCCGUUAGGACAUACGAGCAGAAGGUCUCCUAUGAGGACUACGUCAACUUGAACGUUUCCUCUUCGCAGUCUCAAAUGGAAGCGCUUAAAAGGAGAAACAGACGGAGCCAAAAAUUUCACCUCACCAAUUUGUUUCAGAUUAAUAGCCCCGUGGAAUUGCCCUCUCCGCAGGAGGUCCAAGAGAGGAAGUCCGAACAGGAGAUAAAGCAAUUUUUAAACCUGUUGCGGGACAACCAAAAGGAUUACGCCAAUUUUAUAAAACGCAACUAUACGUCUGAUGAGCUGACCGACGUGCUUAGCCUUAUAGGCAGAAAAUGGGACGACCUCUUUGAGCCCACUGCUGCGGAUUCCCCCGUGAUGGAAAACGCUCAGCAGAAAUUCCGCAACUUGGCCGACUUCCUCAUUCAUCUGGCGAACCACUGGGAGAGGCAGAACCUCUCCGCGUACUUCACGCAGGAUGAGCUGAACCGAAUAAACUUAAACCUCCAGGAUGUGAUUGGCAAGAUGGAAAGGGCGGCUUCUACGUAUGAUGACGGUGGCAAUGGCGAAGCAAGCAGAGUGAUACGUCAACUUAAGGGGAUUCACCUUUAG